AUGCAUAAUACCUCAGUAUCGGCCACUAUCAAGUUCGCCCCAAGUCGUGACCUGGCACGCGUCAUCGUCGGCCCAGAGCGGAAGGAAUUCCAUGUCAACAAGAAGCUGCUGAGUGCCGCGGUCGCCGCGCUCCGAGACCGACUCGAUGCCUCCUCACCCGCUGCCAUGAUCCGCCUCGGGCCAGGCUACAACAAGCCCCUCCCCAUGUCGCUCCCUCAUCAAACCUCCGCCCUCCCCAUCUACCUACCCGACGAAUCGCCGGCCAUGUUCGAGCUGUUCACCGUCUGGCUUCACCAGAAGGACGGCUUCCGCCACCAUCUCGACGACAUGAUUAAUCUCGUGAGCGACGCCCCCGAAACCGUCAGCGACCGCUUCCACUGGUCCCUCGUCGACCUCCACAUCUUCGCCGCCCGCCACGACCUCGACCAGCUGCAGGACCUGUCCGUAGACGCUCUGCAGGAUCUCUACCUUCGCUGCAACUGGGACGUCACCCCGCAGUUCAUCACCUUUCUGUUCGGAGAACGCGGCGCCAGGGAUACGAUGAGACUCAGGCGAUGGGCCACCGCCAUGGUGGCGUGGCUACUGGCCGCCAGCCCCUCCGAGCCCAGGGACAACAUCGAGCCCUCGUCCUUCCACGCCCUCUUCCAACUAUACCCCGACUUCCACGUCGAGUACACCCUUCACGUUGCCAAGCUCAAGAAAGGCAAGCUGGACGCCCGGAUCAAGAACCCCCAACUCCGAAUCCCCGCCAACCGCCUGCGGAACGACGAGCGCCAGUUCGGUUUCCGCCAGUGCUCCUUUCACACCCACCGCGCUGCCGUCGGAGAAGGCAAAUGCCCCCACGACAUCAAGAGCGUGGAUAUGGACAAUUACCCCAUCUUGGUACCCCUCAUGAUCGACGUGCGGCCCGCUAAGUUUGCGAGGACCUUCAAACAUGUCAAGUCCCCUUCGUGUCCCGCCGCUCCCCUCUUACGCUACGACAACACGAUGGACAUGAUGCCAGCACCUCUCCGGUAUCCGAAGCCCAAAACGGUUGCGACACUAAACAUCUAG